AUGACCAUCUCUCGUGCAGAGGAAACCGAGCUCCGCUGGCUCAGAUUGCGAUUGCCAGAUGCGCAUAGCAUAUUCGAGAGCUUGGAGAAAUCUCCGCCAACCUCAACGGAGCAGACGGGCUCAAUGAAGCACUGCUUUCAAUCAUCGGGGAUCUGGCUAUGUAUUCCAAGGAUGACUUCAAGUCAGCGAAUGAUCAAAUCAAACUUCCAGUUGGUCGUCUGCGUCCCCCAGACCUCAGCUUCCUUGGCUCUCAUCACACAAAGGAUUACUAAGGAGGAGUUUGAUGUUUUUGGCAACGUGCCAGGUCCUCCGAGUAAUUCGGAGAGAAUCGGUCAUCUCGAUAUCAACUAUCCGCCUUACGCCAACUACUAUGCGUUGUCAACCGAAGAAAUCGUUACCCUGGUAGAACGACCCAUGCGGGGUCCUGCAGCGGACAUAGCAGUAGGUGAUCAGAUCGCCUCGGCGGAGACGGAGAACGAAGGCGACGGCGGGGAGCAGAUAACAGGAAGUGGUCAGAUUGCCUCGGCGGAGAUGGGGCACGAAGGCGAAGAGAGCAGCCAUAUAGAAGAGGAAGAAGGGCAGACUCCGGAAGAAAGAGGCCAAGGCCGAUCUAAACUCGAAGUCAUGAAACGUCUGGUCAAGGACUGGGUGGCCGUGUUGUUGGAUUCUUCACCGCUAGGGCUAGGUCCUAGUGGUAUUCUGAUCGCUCUGAGCUCCUCGCUCCGCGCCUAUGUCGCCUUUUCGGUCUUGCCCCUCCCCCUUUCUUUGUUUUGUUUCUUGUGA